GAGGCUCUAGCUCCAGCUCCCACUGACCUCUUGGCUUGCUUUGUCCCCAUCGCGGCAAAUAGCAGCUCUUUCGUGUGUUAGACUCAGUCCUUUUCUAGGUGCCGACGCGAAACAUGGGUUCCUCAGACCACGAUCACAAAGGCGCUCUUGGCGAAGCCGGUGCUCCUGAGCUGCUCGAUGAGCAGUCGCCUGAUCCGAUUCCUCAGCGACCUCCCAUCGAGUACACUUCCGUCAGGGCGUUUGCGAGCAGCGCCCUUCGACGCUUCAAGAGCCUGUGGACGCGGCGCUUCGUGCUGAGUCUCCUUGCGGGCCAAGUCGUCUCGCUAUGCAUCACCUGCACGAAUGUAACGACCACGGAGUUGACGAACCGACAUGCGAAGCAACUGGAGUCUCCCGGCGACGCAAAACGUGUUUUUUUACUUUGCGCUGUUUAUCGUGUACACGCCGUACACAAUGUAUCGCUGUGUGUUCUUUCUGUUCAGCUCACUGUGGCUCUGAUCGUGAUCUCGCUUGCAGACGGGUUUAUGGGAUGGCUGAGAAUGGUUUUGACGGAUGGGUGGAAAUACAUCAUCUUGGCUGCAUGUGAUUUCGAGGGGAACUACAUGGUCGUCAAGGCGUACGAAUAUACAGAUCUGCUAUCUUGCAUGCUGCUCGAUGCAUGGGCCAUUCCUGUCUGCAUGUUCUUCUGCUGGGUGUACAUGCGGACCAAGUACGAGCGAACCCAGCUGCUCGGCGUUCUCAUCUGCAUUGCCGGACUCGGGCUGCUGGUUGCAUCUGACGAGCACACGGCCAAGGACUGGACUCCCGCCUCGCGAGGAAAAGGAGAUGCUUUCAUGAUUGCAGGCGCCACUCUUUAUGGAUUCACAAACGCCACGGAAGAGUUCUUCGUCCGCAAACGGCCCCUGUACGAGGUCGUCGGUCAGCUCGGCAUGUGGGCCACGAUCAUCAGUCUCUGUCAAGCCUCUGGCCUCGAGCACAACUUGUGGAAGACGGCCUCAUGGAACGGCGCUACAGCUGGUCUGAUCAUUGCUUACACGGCAGGCAAGUCCUCUCUGGCCAUGUUCAUUCUGUACACGGUUGCCCCGCUGCUCUACCGGAUGGCAUCGUCUGCAUACUACAAUCUCAGUCUGCUCUCCUCGGACUGGUACGGACUCAUCUUCGGACUGGGUCUCUAUCACUAUUCUCCGUACUGGCUGUAUUUCAUCGCGUUUGCACUGGUUCUGGUUGGCCUCAUCACCUACUUCUGGUCUUCAACCCCCGAGCAACAAGGAACACUUGACCCCCAGAUGCCCUACUACAUCACCAAGUCGCAAACUUCUUCGGAAGAAACGAGCCAGAUUGUAUAAGAGUUGUACAGGUCAAGUAUGCUACAGAUACAUGCUUAUUAACAUUGAGAAGGGAGUGGGGUGCGGAACAGUGGUGGCAGGAUUAGACAAAACGAUGGGGAACAUUCCUCUGCUCCUCCAACUUCUUCUCGAGCUCGCGUUGAGCCUCUUCACGUUGCAGACGAUGUUCUGCGAGUUUCUGGAAAGAUCAAUCAGUCAGAGGUUGAGUGCAGAUGGGAUAUUGCAGACCACUUUGAGCGCUUCCAUCGCAGUCAGCAUGGUGUCAACGGUUGCCUCAGAUAUCUUGGUCAUCUGGAAAUUCUAGUAAGCUGCUCAGCCCGAGUAUUCGGAGAGCAAACGCACCACAUCCUCUGCCUGUCUAGUAAUACUCUGGAGUUUCUUCUUCUCUUCUUCCCAUUGGCGUUCCCGAUGUGACUCCGGGUAGCCCCAGGGAAGUGACGCCGGAGGCAUGUGGUUUACUGCCGAUGAGAUUUCGGCUGCACGCGAUGAAAUAGGCAAGGAUACGGGAGGCGAGGAGGUAGGUGACAUCGGGGCGUCAGGCGAUGCAGGUGGGGGAGUUGCGUCUGCCCGGGGUUGGAGCGCGGGAACAGCUGGGCGAUAGCAGUGCCCGAAAUAACGAUCGUUGGGGUAUCGGUGGGCCUCUUUAUGCUUCAUCCAUAGCGUCGCAGAGGCAGCGCCGAUAAAGAACCACACGAAACGGCGGGGUCCGUGCCAUGAAUGGAAGCUAUGAGGGUAUCCGUAAGCGGGACCGGGGCGCAUAUUGAUUGGCGAAGUGUUUAGAUUAGAAGGGGUGUGGGUUAUGAGCUGAGUGAGGUGGGUGGAUGAGCGGAAGCGGGUAUUUAAGGUCCGAGGAGGAGGGCGACGAAACUCAUCGGCGAGGGAGAACGGCAAGGUGGAAUGCACAUGGUCAGCGUGAAAGACUAAUUAACUCAAGCCGCCCGAUCAGCCCUUGCCGAGUUGACGCGCACGUCGACGUCGCGCGCCACAGAUCAGAUGACAUCAGGUCCGUCGGGUCCGUCGGCCAUCAGCGACAUGUGUGGCGAUGCCCAGAUCUUUGCGCCUGUUGGUUGAUUGAGAGCAAUACCCUUCCACGUCCUCCGCGCAGACAUGUUGUUCGAGGUUAAUAGGAAACUCUUCAGCCGGUCGGAGCGAGUCAAAGGCGUAGAUUUCCACCCCACCGAACCCUGGUUGCUCGCUGGUCUCUAUAAUGGAACCGCCAACAUCUACAAUUACGAAACUGGCGUGAUUGUGAAGACUUUCGAAGUGUCCGAAGUCCCCGUUCGCUGCUGCAAAUUCAUCGCGCGUAAGAACUGGUUCGUCGCGGGGUCCGACGAUUUCCAGCUUCGCGUCUUCAAUUACAACACGCACGAGAAGGUCACCUCCUUUGAGGCGCAUCCCGACUACAUUCGAUGUCUCGCAGUCCACCCCACCGCUCCUAUUGUCCUGACGGGGAGUGAUGACAUGACCAUUCGAGCUUGGGAUUGGGAGAAGAGCUGGAAGAACAUCCAGAUCUACGAGGGCCAUACCCACUUCAUCAUGAGCCUUUGUUUCAAUCCCAAGGAUUCCAACACGUUCGCGUCGGCUUGUCUGGAUCGAACCGUCAAGAUGUGGAACAUCGGCGCCCCAACCGCGAACUUUACCAUGGACGCGCACGAGAAGGGUGUCAACUCAGUCGACUUCUAUCAAGGCGCAGACAAACCCUAUCUUGUCACUACCGGCGAUGACAAGACCGUCAAGGUGUGGGACUACCUCAGCAAGAGUUGCGUACAGACCAUGGAGGGACAUACCAACAAUGUUUCCUUCGCCGUCUUCCAUCCCAACCUUCCUUUGAUCAUCAGUGGCAGCGAGGAUGGGACCGUCAAAAUCUGGAACAGCGGUGCCUACCGGAUAGAGAACACGUUGAGCUAUUCCCUCGAGCGCGCAUGGUGCAUUGCGCUGCGGCCAGGAGCCAACGAUGUUGCCUUUGGUUUCGAUGAAGGUGUUGUGGUCAUCAAACUCGGGCGUGACGAGCCCACAUUCAGCAUGGACCCGUCCGGGAAACUCAUCUUCACACGUAAUCAAGAAGUCCUAUCUGGCAACUUACAGACGAUCGACGUCUCCGCGGAUGCUGCCGAUGGAUCCCGGCUCCGUUUCUCCUCGAAAGAGAUCGGAAACACCGAGAUAUAUGCGUCUGCUCUCGUUCACUCUCCGAACGGCCGGUUCGUUACCGUCGUUGGUGACGGUGAGUACAUCACCUAUACCGCUCUUGCAUGGCGGAACAAGUCCUUCGGCAACGGUCUGUCCUUUGCAUGGGCGCCUGACUCCAACACCUAUGCGGUGCUCGAGACGAAGACCAAGUUGAAGAUCUAUAAGAACUUCAAGGAGAGAACCAGCGGCCCUAUGAAGGGGGCCGGUGGCUGGUCGAUUGAUGGUCUCCAUGGCGGAACUUUGCUGGGAGCUCGUGGUUCUGGUUUCGUUGUGUUUUGGGAUUGGGAGAGUGGUGAGAUUGUCCGACGCAUUGACGUGGAUGCCAAGAAUGUGUUUUGGUCUGGGACUGGUUCAUUAGUGGCGAUUGCGACAGACGAAUCGUUCUACAUCCUUCGAUUUGACCGCGAGGCGUACGAUGCUGCUCUUGCCGGAGGUGAAGAGAUCACGGAUGAAGGCGUAGAGGAAGCGUUCGAGGUCAUCGCUGACAUUGCUGAGCCUAUCAAAACCGCGAAAUGGAUUGGGGAUUGUUUCAUCUAUACGACAACAACCAACCGCCUGUCGUACUUUGUUGGAACUGAGUCGUAUACCAUCAGUCCAUUUGACACACCGCUCUAUUUGCUUGGAUAUAUCCCAGCCCACAACCGGGUCUACCUCGUGGACAAGGACAUGAAUAUCUUCAGCUAUACCCUGUCGCUUGGUGUGGUGGAGUAUCAAACAGCGAUAUUACGAGACGACAUGGACGCCGCUGCCGAAAUCUUGCCAACGCUGCCGAGAGACCAAUUGAAUCGGGUGGCACGUUUCCUAGAGGGCAAAGAUCUUAAGGAACUAGCACUGCAAGUCACGGUGGACCCGGAUCACAAGUUUGAUCUUGCUCUGCAACUAGAUGAUCUUGACACGGCGCUUGACAUCGUUCGCGCUGUUCCCGAGCUUGAAGCCGAGAUCAAGUGGAAAUCGCUGGGUGAUCGGGCGUUGGCCGCUUGGAGAUUCGAUCUGGCCAAAGAGUGUUUCGAAAGGGGCAAUGAUCUCAGUGCCCUUAUGUUGCUCCUGCUAUCCACCGGAGACAGACCCGGUCUCGCUGCUCUCUCAGCCAAAGCUCUGGAGAAGGGCCAGAACAACCUGGCCUUUGCGACACUUUUGCAGCUCGGGGACGCCGCUGCCUGUGUUGACUUGUUGAUCAAGACAGAUCGAGCACCUGAAGCGGCAAUUUUUGCCCGAACCUACGCCCCGAGCCAAGCUUCGAAGGCUGUGGACGCCUGGCAAUCCGAAUUAAACACCAAAAAACGAUCGAAACUUGCCGCUUCGGUCGCACAUCCAGAAAAGCAAGCGGAGCUAUUUGAGGAGGACUGGAACAGCGCAUUGGCUCUGGAGCAAGGGAGAGGCGUGAGCCGACAGUCUUCUGAGGAUGGUGUGCUGGUCGAUGCAUCAUGAGAUGUUGGUAGCAGUGCGCUGAUCGGCAUGCAUGCCAGUGUUCACUGUAGACUUGUUUCCAGUUGUGGCUUAUACUAUAUAUCCAAUUCAAUCACUGCCGGAAGUUGAUCACCCUGG